AUGUGGAUAAUCAUCCAAACGAGAUUUGCUGAUCCCACCGAAGAUGGAGUUCUCAUCCUGUGCGAUAAAUGGGAUGCACCAACGAGGAAAAGGAUCAAGGUCGACGCAAAGGCUACCCAGACUCUACAAUGCAGGCUAACAAAAGAAGAGCUGAACCAAGUCGGCCUGUUCUCAAGCGCUAAAGAAUUAUGGGAAAAGUUGAUCAAGCUGCACGAGAGAACUUCCGACACGAAGGAAGGUGAGUCAGCAAGCCAACAUCACGCACAGAUUCAGGACCUACUAAAUGACCUUCAUGCAAUAGGUCAGAAGGUGAAAAACUGCGAUAUAAUCAGGAACGAGCAGCACGCGGGAAUCAAAAGCAAAGCGCAGAACUGA